AUGACUCUGUUUUGCAAUGCCUCUCUACACGGGUGGGGUGCUCAUGUGGGGGAGUCCCUUGUCUCAGGUCUCUGGUCUUUACAGGAGAAGAACCUUCACAUCAAUCACCUGGAGAUAUUGGUGGUUUUCCGGGCCCUUCAGGCCUUGCAGCGGGACUUGUCGGGCACAGUAGUGAAUCUUAUAUCAGACAAUACUACGGUGGUGACUUAUCUACGGAACUCAGGGGGCACUCAGUCCAAGUCUCUGUCUGUUCUGACAUGGGUCAUUCUUCGGUGGUGCGAGGACAAUCAGGUAUUGCUCCGCCCCAAGUUCGUGCCAGGAUGGCGCAACGCAGUGGCAGAUGUCCUCAACCGCGAGUGUGUGGGGUCGGAUUGGACCCUUUACCCAGUUGUGUGCAAAUGGGUCUUCCAGGUGUGGAGUGCACCUCAGGUAGACCUGUUUGCUACAGCUUUAAAUCACCAGCUACCACUGUAUGUGUCUCUACUUCCAGACCCGAACGCUUGGAAACAGGACGUGUUUGCCUUCCCCUGGGAGGGCUUAGAUCGGUACGCCUUUUCCCCCUUCUCCCUGAUUCGGCGGGUUCUGGUUCAAGUCAGAGAGACCUCGGGUGACCGUGUGUCUCUAAUUGCUCCUCGGUGGCCUCAGGCAGACUGGUUCCCUCUGCUGCUGAGUCUAUUAGUCGAUCACCCAAGAGUGUUGCCUCAGUGGGACUCACUGUUACGUCAGCUUCAUCGACACCUUUUUCACAAAUCUCCAGCAACACUUCAUCUUCACGCAUGGAGACUCUCCAGCGUCUCUUCUGAAAGAGAGGCUUUUCGUGAGAAGCUGCAGGGAUCAUGGCCUUGCCAGUCAGACAGUCUUCGGCCAGGGUGUACCAGGCGAAGUGGGCCAUCUACUGUCGUUGGUGUGAGUCGAGGGGCUGUCAUCCUCUCUUGGCCUCUGUGA